CGGAAUCGCCUCUCUCUGUAGCGCCGCUACUUGAUUGCAUACACUCUCUACUCGCUGGCUGCUUAACCCCUAAUUUGGCACAAGACAACUUCGGAGAAUAAAGAAAAAUAAAUCAAAUUGGUCGCUUCUUGCAAUGAGUGCACGGGAGACAUCAUUUCAAUGUCACUUUCCGGGUUGUGGCUUGCGCUAUCGGCGCAAAGAACAUCUGACCCGACACGCACGGCGCCAUUUUCAGCCAGAAUCUUUUGAAUGUCCCUUUUGUGAUCGAGUCUUUGCUCGGAAUGAUACUCUUCGUCAGCAUGUCCGCAUCCGCCAUAAGAACAGAGAAUUACACUCAGGCCGUGCAAUCCGAGCCUGCAAUUACUGUCGCUCGCGAAGGUCAAGGUGCGACGGAAAGGUGCCCUGUGAAACUUGUCUAGGAAAAGGCAUUCAAUGCUCAUUUGCACGGUCUUCUCCGCGCCCCAAAGUAGAGCAACAACGCAGUCCUACCAUCAGUACGACCCCCGGAACCCUCGGAGAGCCCAACUAUCAGUAUACUGCAUAUGCUUCCUCGAAUCUGAUACGCAACUCGGACUCAAUCGAGAGAAGCCCAUGUAGAAUGUUACCGUAUAUCCAGGCCUACUUCGAGAAAUUUCAUCCAAACUGGCCGUUUCUUCACCGCGCGACGUUUGAUGUAGACCGUGAACCAACCCUCCUCGUUCAGUCUGUCGUGAUGAUGGGUCUGUGGUUAACAGGAGAAAACAAUGCCCAGCUUGCAGCGAUGGAUCUGCACUCUGAACUGACCUUGUUGAUCCAUCAACAAAGGGAUAAAUGGGAUGUGUCAAACCAGCAUGAGAUGUCCCCUGGAUCCCUCUCCCCGUGGCCAAUGGCAACAUACCAGGGAAUACUCCUACACAUCACUUUCGCCCUUAUAAAAGGGAAUGGGAAACAAUUAGACCUCCAACUGACGCACCAACUUUCCGAAAUUCCCUCUCAGCUUCUUGUCGCCCUAGUGGACUGCUGUCGGAAGCGAGAGAUGUUAUUCUAUCCAUCAAUGCUCGCCCAAUUCAAUGCCGACUCACUGCCCGGUGUGUACAUCUGGCUCGGAAUUGAGGAAGCCAAGCGGUUCGCCUUAGCCCUAUACAAAGUGUGCCGAUGCUGCCGAGUCCAUGACACCCUGCUCUCAUACGGUGGUAGCAUGGAUUCUCACCUCCAAAUCAAACUGUGUGCGCAGGUCAGCAGUCUUCUUUCGUUGGCCGAUCUGCAAUUCGCACUGCCUGACAGUGAUGAACUAUGGCAUGCAAGCUCGAAUCUGGCCUCGCGAGUGGCGGAUAAUGCAUGCGCGUAUUGGGAGAAAAAUGCCGAGGAGAAUUGGAUUUGUCAGGCCGCGCGGUUGUUACAGACUCCUGGAGGGUUUAAUUGGAUCUGAAAGUGUUUAUAUUGUUUUUCCUCUUGAUUUCGGCUUCCGUUUGCUCAAUUAUUGCCCCCUCCAAAGUAUGUUA